GUUAACUGGAACAAGAACGACUGACAACAUAUCUGUCUCAAGUCUUUAAAUUCUUUUCAAUAUGGCUGGAAGCAUCACCGAUACAGGGGAGCUCUACUCUCCUUAUGUUGGCUUGAUUUAUAUGUUCAACCUCAUAGUUGGCACAGGAGCUCUAACUAUGCCAAAGGCCUUUGCUGCUGCUGGUUGGCUUGUCAGCCUUAUUCUAAUAAUGUUCUUGGGAUUUAUGAGCUACAUGACGACAACUUUUGUAAUGGAGGCCAUGGCUGCAGCUAAUGCUCAGCUUCACUUAAAGAGAAUGGAAAAGCACAAGGAAGAUGAUAAUGAUGAUGAUUCUUCAUCUGAAGUUUCUGAUAGUGAAGUUCUCCCAGAUGUCUAUGAACGAUCAGAAACACGGCCUAUUCUAUCUGUGCAGAGACGAGGAGCACCUAAUAUUUUUGAAAUCACAGAAAGGGUAGAAAUGGGUCAGAUGGCCUCCAUGUUCUUCAACAAAGUGGGAGUGAAUUUGUUUUACUUCUGUAUAAUCAUCUAUUUAUAUGGUGAUCUGGCAAUCUAUGCAGCUGCUGUCCCAGUUUCUCUCAUGGAAGUGACUUGUACUGUGACUGGCAAUCAUUCAUGCAGUGUGGAAGAUGGGACAAAGUAUAAUGACACAGACAAGUGCUGGGGGCCAAUCAGGAGGAUUGAUGCUUACAGGAUUUAUCUGGCAGUAUUUACUCUUCUUUUGGGCCCUUUCACCUUUUUUAAUGUGCAGAAAACUAAAUAUCUUCAGAUCAUGACAUCGCUAAUGAGGUGGUUAGCAUUCAUCAUCAUGAUCAUUGUGGCCCUCCUCCGCAUCGCCAAGGGUCAAGAGGAAGGUCACCCCCCUCUGGCUCAGCUCUCAGGUGUACGGAAUCUCUUUGGAGUCUGUGUUUAUUCCUUCAUGUGUCAGCACUCCCUGCCAUCCCUCAUCACUCCCAUCUCUAAGAAGAAGCAUGUUAACAAGCUAGUCCUGCUGGAUUAUGUCUUGAUCCUGGGUUUCUAUAGUCUUCUGUCUUUCACUGCUAUCUAUUGUUUCCGCAAUGGGACUCUAAUGGACAUGUAUACACUCAACUUCACAAACUGUGACAUUGUCAGCAUUGCGUUUAUCCGCUACUUCCUGGGACUCUUCCCUGUCUUCACCAUCAGUACAAACUUUCCUAUAAUUGCUGUGACUCUAAGAAAUAAUUGGAAAACUCUCUUCCACCGGGAAGGGGGAACCUACCCAUGGGUAGUGGACAGGAUUUUUUUCCCAGCCAUCACACUAAUUCCUCCAAUUAUUGUGGCUUUCUGUACUCAUGAUCUGGAAUCCUUGGUGGGAAUCACUGGUGCCUAUGCUGGAAAUGGGAUCCAGUACAUCAUCCCUGCUUUUUUAGCAUACUAUAGUCGGAAAGAAACACAAACGACCUUUAGAAACCGUGCACUCAAUAAACAUUUGUCCCCUUUCCGGCACACCUUCUGGAUUGGGUUUGUGCUGCUCUGGGGACUUUUUUGUUUUUUGUUUGUGACUGCAAAUAUAAUUUUGAGUGAAACAAAAAACUAAUGGAGCAAUAUUGCUGGUUAAGAUGAUCUCUUAAGACUUCUGCUCCAGGUGUUGCACCUAAUAAGGAUAUUUUUAAGCUAAUUUAAGAUUAAACUACUUUUAAACUACUAAUACAAUAUUGAGCUUGAUGCUCAUUUGAGGCAUCUUGCUAUUUGUUGAGUUACCUUUCAGAUUCUGAUUUUCCAUUUCAUGCACAAAACAAUUGGACUCUGUCCUACAUCAGGCUGCUAUGAUCAGUUUUUAAGCAGGGUAUUUUCCUCUCCGUCAGAAGAUAUCAGAGACUGUUGGAUAUGCGUCUAAUCCCUCACGUGAUGAAAAAGAAUAGUUUUACUAAAAGUUUUAGUAGUCAAGCCAAUAGCUAGUGACUCAAGCAAGAUCUGACUUAAUGAAAUCUGCUUCCCUAAUCAUUCGUAUUCCUUGUGAAGCGGCUUUUUAUCCUGCCAACUCAUUGAACAUUAGGAGCAAAAGGAUGGUACUUGGUUUAAUAACUGUUAAUAUUGCAUGAUGUAUGUGGCAACCUAAGCGCUCUGAAAUGAGUAGAGGAGCCCCACCACUUCUCCUUCUCCCCUAGUCCUGCUUUGACCCUUUUCCCCAUUUGUUUUUCAGCCUUUCCAAUGCCUUUCCAUGUUGCCUUGUUUCAUAUAAUGCAGUCCUGAGACUGAAACUUGCCAAGCUUUAAUCUUUGUUGUUCUUUUAUCUCUGAUAUUUCCCUCCUCAAUUGUUUAUGUACAAUAUACAUGGUAGGAAGUCCUACCAUGAACUAUACACUCGGUUGAUACAAAGCCAUCUCUUAAUAAGUAAUAAGGAAUGUUUCCCAGUAUAAUGCCUUGUUUUCUCUUUAUACUGCUAAUGGAAUCAUGCUAGUGUCACAGCAGCAGGGCAGGCCCCGUGCUUUCUAUAUGGUGAAAAUGUUGAUUUCUUACUAAAGGACUACUUGGAUAAAAGUGGAGAGCAGCUUAUAUUGUCUGGAUACAAUAUAUUAUGACUAAAUCUACCCUGUUUCUCUGAAAAUAAGACCUCCCCGGAUAAUAAGCCCAGUCGGGCUUUUGAACACAUGC